AUGUCCAUAGCAGCUUAUGAGGCUUUUGGUGAUGUAAUAUCAUUUAACACGACAUACUUGACGAAUAAGUAUGACAUGCCUUUUGCUCCUUUUGUUGGUGUAAAUCAUCACGGGCAAACUAUAUUAUUCGGAUGUGGUUUAUUGUCAAAGGAAGAUACAAAAACUUAUAUUUGGUUGUUCAAUACUUGGUUAGAAUGCAUGGCUGGUAAAGCUCCUAAGGUUAUAAUUACAGAUCAAUGUAUGGCUAUUCAAGAUGCAGUUAAGGCAGUUUUCCCGAACUCUCAUCACCGACUUUGCUUAUGGCAUAUCAUGAAGAAAGUUCCUGAGAAACUUGGAGGGUUAAAUGAGUACAAAGCAAUAAAGAAGGUAUUAAAGAGCAUCAUUUAUGAGGCAAUGGAUAUUCAAGAAUUCAAGAUACUUGCUGCUGAAAUUGGAGCACAAUCUAUUGAGAAAUAUAAUUUUCUAAUGAAGUUUGUGGAUGGGGCAAUUGAGAAGUUGAUGGAUGAUACAAAUUAUUGGGAGAGCCAUCCAAAGCAACAUUCAUUGGAAGUGGAUCAUGAACAACACCAAGCAACAUCUUCAACAACAAAGUUUCGAACUCCUUUAAAAGUUCGAACUAAGGGCCGACCACCAUUGAAGAGGAAGAAGUCAAAAGUCGAAGAAUUAAUCAUUAGAAAUAAGAAAAAGGUGAAUUCAAAUUCUCUUCCAAAUGCUUUGAAUAUGUAUGUCGCUAGCUUCACUUUACAAAAUAUUGGCACUGAUUCUUCAUCACAGGUAACUAGAAAGCUUUAUUUCAACACAUAUGAUUUAGAUGACUAA